AUGUGUGAUAUCAUAGAAGACAUUUUAUCCUGCCCAAUGAACACAACAUCGCCAAAAUCCUCACUGGCUAAACUUGGUAUACAUACCAAACCAAAAUCCCUAAAAGUUAUGGUCCUAGGGCAAAGUGGUGUGGGUAAAACGGCAAUGGUAGUGCGUUUCAUAACACGACGCUAUAUCGGAGAAUAUGAUCCCAAUUUAGAGAAAAUUUAUACAUUCAAUACCUCCUUAGAUAAUGAUUAUGUACAUUUUGAUAUUUUGGAUGCAACGGGACAACCAAAUGAAGCCGAUUGUGUUAAUUUGGAAUCUAAUAUACGUUGGGCAGAUGCCUUUAUACUCAUGUAUUCCGUAACGGAUAAAUGUAGUUUUGACGAGUGUAAUCGUUUGAAAUUUUUAAUCAAUUACAAUAAGCGUAGACGAAAAUUGGGUUCCAAUAGUAAAGACUGUAUGGCAGAGGUGCCGGUUAUAUUAGUGGGCAACAAAACCGAUCAAAUAGGCGAUAGAAUGGUAACACUGGAGGAGGGUCAGCGAAGGUUUAAAGAAUUAAGCUGUGCCUUUCAUGAAAUUUCCGUACGAGAAAGUGUGGAACAAGUACAAUCAGUAUUUCGAGAUGUUUUUCGCUUUUGGCGUGUAUUUAGUAAGUUUCCCAAACUAAAACGUUCUACUAGUGAUGUACAAAAUGAAUCCCUAAGUCCCGACUCAGGAUGUUCCUUUUACGACACAGCUUAUUUGGCUAAUGAAACUAGAAGAUCAUUUUUAGUCAUUGGUACUGCGUGUUUAGAAGAGAACGAUCAUUCCGAAUCCACUGAUGAGAUUAGUUGCAGUAGUUUAAGAAGUUCUAGCAGUGAACUAGAAACACCAUUUCGUAGUCGUGCCUCUACCGAUGGCACAUUAUUGUCACGACCUCGAAGAUGGCGUUAUCCCCCACCGGAUUGUCGAUUACCUCAUACGAAUCGUGUAGAGAGACGCAUGAGUAUUUCUACACGAGGUAGUAAUGCUAGUUAUUAAUUUAAAUUUAAACUAAAAAAAUAAUAAUUAAAUGCUUUUUUUGUAAUUUAUACCGAAUAUAUGCAAAGAAUUUAUUUAUGUAAUUUAGUAAAAUUCAUAUUUUAUAUACUAGCUAAAUAAAUAUUUUUUGUGCAAAGUAUUUUUUUAUACGAGAAUGUUGCAAAACUACUGACUAGUAUAUAGAAUAUGCUAUAGGCGAGACUACAAUUGAAACCAUAGCCUAUAGACAAGUAUACUAUAGUUCGGACUAUGGUCUGAACCACCUAUAGUCCAGAUUAUAGACUUUUGCCCUG